AGUGCCAACUACUGUCUUCCGCCUCUCAGAGCAGGAAAGCCAUCCUUUCAAUUUCCCAGCCAUGGCGUCCAUUCUUGCAGAUCAGCAAUCGGCAAAUCUUCCCAAGAAAUCAAGGAAGCCAUUGAAGGCGAGGAAAAACCCGGAGAACGAGGAUAAUAUCAUGGUCGGUAAUGCCUGUGAACCUUCUCCUGUUGGGCUGUCAUCCAUCCCAAUUGCAGACAAGGAGAACCCCAAACAUGGGGCUCGGAAAAACAAGAAGAACAUUUCCGAAUCACUGGCCGUGGAGUUGCAGAAGAUGCAGGAGAAACUCGAAAGUCUAUCGCUGGAGAAACAGAGAGCGGAGGAGCUCUUGAAAGAGCGAGAUGCGCUUCUGAAGCAGAAGGAAGAGGAGCUCGAGAUCAGAGGGAAGGAUCAGGAGAGGCUCCAGAUUGAAAUUAAGAAGCUGCAGAAGCUGAAGGAGUUCAAUCCCAAUGUGGCACUCCCCACAAGCACAUCAGAAGACAAGCAGAAGGACAAGAAAGAGAAGAAAGCAAAGAAGAAGAAGGAUAAGAAGCCAUGCUCGGCAUAUAUCUUGUGGAGCAAAGAACAGUGGAAUCAGGUGAAGAGCGAGAAUCCUGGGGCAGAAUUUAAGGAGAUCAGCAACAUUCUUGGAUCAAAAUGGAAAAGCUUGAGCGUAGAGGAGAAGAAGCCUUAUGAAGACAGAUGCCAAGCUGAUAAACAAGCAUACCAACAGAUUGUUGGGAAGGAGAAGCGUGAGAAUGAAGCAAUGAAGCUGCUCAUGGAACAGCAGAAACAGAGAAUAGCUAUGGAGUUGUUAGAGCAGUAUCUCCAGUUCAAACAGGAUGGGGAUAAAGAGGCCAAGAAGAAAGGGAAAGAGAAGGACCCUUUGAAACCCAAGAAGCCAUUGUCAUCCUUCUUUUUGUAUUGUAAUGAAAGAAGGCCGUCUCUAGUUACACAGAACAAUAAUGUAUUGGAGAUUUCCAAGAUCGUAGGAGAAGAGUGGAAGAACAUGACAGAGGAGGAUAGGGCACCAUAUGAAGAAGCUGCAAAGAAGGAAAAGGAACAAUAUUCACGUGAAAUGGAACUCUAUAAGCAGAAAAAAGCAGAGGAAGAGGAGAAUAUCCGUCGGCAAGAGGAAGAGAACACCAAGGUGCAGAAACAGGAGGCGUUGCAAUUGCUAAAGAAGAAGGAAAAAACAGAAAAGAUAAUCAAGAAGGUAAAGGCAACACACAAGAAGAAGAAAGAGAACAGAGACACCAACAAGCCCAAGAAACCACCAACUUCUUUCCUGCUUUUCAGCAAAGAAGCUAGAAAGACGUUGAUGGAGGGGAAUCCAGGCGUCAGCAACAGCACAUUGCACGCUCUCAUUUCAGUGCGUUGGAAGGAAUUAAAUGAGGCGGACAAAAAGAUAUGGAAUGAGAAAGCAGCAGAAGAGAUGGAAGCGUACAAGAAAGCAAUGGAAGAAUACAACAGAUCAACAGAAGCUGAAGGCAACAAGUCGCUGCCCACUGACAAGGUUCAAUCAAGGAAGUUGAACGUGUUCAAAGAGGUCCAUUGAACACGAUUUGAUUUUGUUUUUCCAGUUUGGUCCUUGAAGGGGAUCCUAGUUAAUGCAAGCUAACAGUGUUCUUUCCCAA